AUGGUGUUCCUUUACAGGACUGUUUUCUCUCUUCUUACCUAUCGACCUAAACGACAAACUGGUUGUCUUUUUACCUAUCUACCUAUAAUACAGACUGUUUUUUUUCUUGUCUUCCUACUGCCUACGACUUAUAUUCGACAUUUAACUUUCUUCUUCUUCUUCUUCUUCUUUCUUCUUCUUCAUCAUCUUUUUCUUCUCUCUAUAUUCUUCUUCUUUAUCUUCUUCUUCCUCAUCUUCUCCCCUCUUUCUUCUUAUCUACCUACUCCUCACUAUCUUCUUCUUCUUCCUUCUUCCUCAUCUUCUUCUUUCUUUCUUCUUAUCUACCUCCUCACUUUCUUCUUCUUCUUCCUCAUCUCCUCAUCUCUUUCUUCUUAUCUACCUCCUACCGACUUUCUUCUUCUUCUUCUUCUUCUUCUUCUUCUUCUUCUUCUUCUUCUUCUAUGUGCUGUGUCCCUUCAGAAUGUGGUCAAUCAUAUCUCUCCACAAUUUCCUGUCCUUUGUAGCUCUUAA